AUGGCGGUCGAACAUCCAACGGCGACGUGGCAGCCCAUGCAGGAUGGAAAUGUGUUCUACAGACGCCUGCAGCUAUACAAUAUUCAAGAUAAGCUACCGAACGUCGAUGACUUCAUCAUUGCUGGUUGUCGAUUUGGAGGCCCUAUUGCUAUGAUGAGAGAUUCGACGAAAAUGAUUGCUCUCGGAAGAAGCAUUCCGUUUGCAAAGAACGAAGUCCGGGUGUAUUCCUCUGCGGGAGAAGGGCUUCUUGUGUUUACAUGGGAUCAAGGAAAAAUUGUGAAGUUUGGCUGGUCAUAUGAUGAGCGUCUAGUCAUCUUAAACGAAGAGGGAGUCUACCGAAUUUACGAUCUACAAGGAGAGUACCAGCAAUAUUCACUUGGCUCGGAAGCGUCUGAGACUGGCGUCGUUGACGCUCGGAUACACGGCGGGGGGAUUGUAGCUUUGACCGGUGCACUCGCCCUUUUGGAUGUGAAAGGUUUCACUGGUGCAAAGCCACUUGCACUGACGAGCCCUGGUCUUACUGAACCUCCACACACGUGGACAAUCAUUCCGCCGGAUCUAACAAUAUCACGACACACGGAAGUACUUCUUUCACCAACAACAUCGUCAUCUGUUUUUUCUGUUGAUACUCUUGAAUGCGUUGAUCAACGGUUAUCUCGUGGACCGUUCACGCAUCUUGCACCUUCACCUAACGGGAAAUCCCUUGCGCUUGUUACGUUCUCCGGCCUGCUGUGGGUUGUUUCUGCAGAUUUCCAACGCAGUCUCGCGGAAGUCGACACAUCCAGCCGCGCUAAUGAAGGAGCCGCAGGCCCUCCUCGUCAAAUAGAAUGGUGCGGUAAUGACGCAGUACUUGUAACAUGGGAUCGCCUUGCAUUGCUUGUUGGGCCGUUUGGUGACACGCUUAGUUUCUAUUACACGGGUCCGACCUAUAUAAUCGGUGAACCCGAUGGUGUACGUAUCUUGGGACCUGACGUAUGCGAUUUUGUGCAGAAGGUGCCUUCGUCGUCUGUGAAUGUCUUCCGUCCUGGUUCAACUGCACCGGCGGCGAUCCUGUUUGACGCAUGGGAGAAUUUUCAGAAGCGCGCGCCUAAAGCAGAUGAGAAUAUACGUAGCAUAAAACCUGAACUUGCAAAGGCUGUGGAUGAGUGUAUUGAUGCAGCUGGAAGAGAAUGGGAACCUCAGUGGCAAAGGAAACUCUUGAAUGCGGCAAAAUUUGGACGAUCAUUCCUCGAUUUACACAACCCAACCGAUUUUGUACAAAUGGGCCAAACGCUCAAAGUCCUUAACGCAGUUCGAUAUUACGAGAUCGGUAUACCACUUACCUACGCACAAUUCAUUUACACCUCUCCAGAACAUCUAAUCGCACGCCUCACCGCUCGUGCCCUCCAUCUUCUCGCACUCCGCAUGUCAACGUACCUCUCAUUGCCACCCGACCCGGUGCUCAAACACUGGGCAUGUGCAAAAAUCGCGCGGGCCAAGGCUGGUGCUGGAGAGGCAGACAUGGAUGCGAGUGAUGAGGCCUUGUGCCGUGCAAUUACGGAAAAGUUCAAGAACGCAGGAGGAGCAAGGGUGAGGUAUGCGGACAUUGCGAAGCGGAGUUGGGAGGUCGGAAGACCCGGCCUUGCAACGAAGCUUCUGGACUAUGAAUCGCAGGCGUCGGAUCAGGUGCCACUGCUAUUGGAAAUGAAGGAAGAUCGUCUGGCCUUGACAAAGGCGGUCAACAGUGGAGAUACAGAUCUGAUUUACAGUGUUCUACUGCAUCUCCAGAAAAGUCUUUCACUGGGCUCAUUCUUCCGACUCAUUGAAGAUGGUGGACCUGCACUCGCUCCAGCCGCGCGGCUACUUCAGGUGUACGCUCGUGAACAAGACCGAGAAAUGCUUCGCGACUUUUAUUAUUCCGAUGAUAGACGAGUGGAUAGUGCAGUGCUCUUGCUAGAAGAAGCGCGGACUAUGACGAACCCGGAGGCGAAGAUGACCGCUAUCAAAGCUGCACAGAAAUUCUUCUCGGAAGACAAAGAUCGCGCUUUCGAAGCAAAGAUGAUGGACGAGAAUGUCAGACUUCUAACUCUCCAGCAACAGCUAGAGAAAGAAUCGGACGGGAAAAUCACGUUCUUCGGACUUAGCGUGAGCGAGACGAUUCGGAUGUGUUUACUGAACGGUAUGGCGAAACGUGUUGAGAAAGUGCGUACAGACUUCAAAGUACCUGACAAACGUUUCUGGUACCUUAAGCUGUAUGCCCUUACACAAAUGCGGGACUUUGAAUCCCUCGAUGCUUUCGCACGUUCCAAGAAAUCACCAAUUGGCUAUGAGCCGUUCGUGCAACACCUUUUAAGUAAAGGGCAUACACGUGAGGCGGUUGGGUAUGUGGCGAAAUGCGAUGCAGGGAGACGCGUGGAUUUAUACGUGGAGUGCGGGGAGUGGAGGAUGGCUGCGAAGGAGUGUAAGGAGAGAGGAGAUAAGGCAAGACUUGAGCAACUGAAAAAGACGAGUCCGAAUAGUCUGAUUGCCAGGGAGAUUGAGCAGAUUGCCGGAACAAUGAAGUAA